AUGACAAACCCACAGCGACCAUCCCUGCUCGCCUUAUCGGCACUGCUGCUCUGCACGCUACCCCAGACAGCUGGCUCUCAUCAGCUCAACAGCUCAUCAUCAUCAUCAUCGGCGUCCUCAUCAGAGGUGAGAGACAGAAAUAAUGUGACCCAAAAUUGGCUGAGACAGACUAACGUCACUCCCAGCGAUCAGAGCAGGCCAUCAUCAAAGCGUGAAGAGGUAACAGGCCACGUGAAGAGCUCCUCGUUCAACACAAGUCGAGGCAAUCAUCAUCAUCAUCAUAACAAUAAUAAUAAUAAUACUGUGAUAUCUGACAGCCCUGGCAGGGCACCGAGAUGGAGCCCGGAGGAUGUGCCAUCACCGGUGUGCGCCUACCGAGUAAUCGAGGGAGGCAUUGGGGGGCAGCUGUGCUUUCGGCACACUCUGUUUGGGUACAAGUGCUCUAAGGGAGAGUGCAGGAGUGCGGUGUCUUUCGGGAAGCUGGUGGCAAAUAUUCUCACCAACGGCAGCGUACUGUUACAGUGGACCCACCAGUCCGAAUCCACAAAGACUAAAGAGGCCAGCAGUCCCGGGACGAAUGCGACAGCGGAGGAAACUUCGCGAUCAGACUCUGUUUUCAGGGGCCGACGCCACAGACGCGGGGGCUACGAGGUAAGCUGCUGGUGGAAUGGCAGCUACACUCAGUUUGAAUGCGCCGGUGUCCAUCUUGGGUCGGGCUGCAGGGACUUUCUGCUCUCCGAGCUGCACGAGAACAUCCCGUACCGCAUCUGUCUGCGCGCCCUGGGCCGCUCCGAGCCAGCCGAGAGGCCGGAGCAGGACUGCGUGGAGUUCACGCUGCCGCCGUCCGGGAUGCAAGACAUUGUGAUCGCCAUGACAACGGUGGGCGGGGCUAUCUGCGUGAUGCUAGUCAUCAUCUGCCUGCUGGUGGCGUACAUCACGGAAAACAUCAUGAGCCCCGCGGCACAGCACACACACUCCUACCGCGCUCACUCACAUCACUGAUGCACUAAAAUGGCCCACAUGAACGCGCACCGCGGUCAUGUCUUAUCUCUGUGGAGACUUGUUUCUGCCCCUGGGGGAAAAAUGAACGGGUUUUUUUGUAAUCCAUUUGUCAAAAUGUCAAGUUAUUUUCUCAAUUUCGAGUCAGUUUUGCGAAAAUAACCCAAAAUUUUGUCUUUUUAGUUGCAAAAAAAGUUUUCUCAGCUGCUGAAACAAGUUUCCAUAAAUCUCGCAGUCAUAGUUAAUAUUUAUAUUAGUCCUAUUUUCCUUUUUUCCAGUAUGACACACUCAUCCUGUUAUGACCUAACUGAAGCACAAUCUACUGUGGCUCUACUAAUAACAUGCCUUCUGAACCUCAGCGAGGAUGCACUGAACCAAAAUUAGCCUACUGGUUAUCUGCAAUUUGUAAAUACAGCAGUUUACUGUGUCACGUUUCUGUUCAAGGCUGUCUGCGGAUUGAAUCGGGCAGCAUGUCUACAGCAAUACCAAUAAUGAAAUGGCUUUUAGUACAUGAGAAACAAGAGUUUUGCUAAAUGUGCAGCCUGUAAAAGUGUCCUUAAUGGGACACCGAAAAAUGAAACUUUACCAGUUACCACAUUUCUCCACUCGAGUCAGUCACAACAACACUGUUUUUGCUUUGUUUGUCGUUUUCUGACGGGCAAUACAAUCUGGUGUACAAUCUCCAAAUACUGUGCCAAACAUCUUCAGUUAAACCACCUUUCUGUCCUGCUGUCAGUGAAUAAAGUACUAUGAGGUCAUUUUUAAUAAUGAGCAGCUGUCCUUUUUCUUCUUCUUUUCUCAGUGUGUGUGUGUGUGUGUGUGUGUGUGUGUGUGUGUGUGUGUGUGUGCGUGGUCAGUUUACAUACAAAAUAAGAACCAAACAAAAGUAAAAAUAAAAUGAACUCACAAAACAUUACAAUGCAUGAAAACUACAGAAAAGCACAAGAUGGUGAGUGACCAUCUGGACUUUUGACUUGGGCAUCGCAACACCUUGACUGAUUUCUUUUUCAGCUAUUUUGUUUUAGAUUUGCUGCUGUGUUUGGGAUUAUUGUGGUUUGUUCAGAUACAAUUUUACAAACCUAAGUCAUGACCAUUUUUUUCCUCGCAAUGCUUCCAAACAAUCCAUACUCUUUUAGUCUUUUUCUAAUUGCACUGUCUUGGACAUCAGUAACUAUCUGAGUUUGAAAUGUAGGUCUUGGAUUUUGCUGGGACGUCCACUCCUGAACACUGGCAGCUGUGUCCAAUGUUUUCCACUUGUGAAUGAUUUAUCUUGCUGUAGAAUGAUGGCCUU